AUGAUGAAAGAUUGUCAAGCUUUUAGGGUCACUCUUCUCUUGGCAUAUCUUGUUCUAGUCACCAGAGGAAAAGAUGUCAGUGCUACAGAAAUAUGGAUGGAAGGAGGAGAUGUCGUUGACUGCGUUGAUGUGAAUCUUCAACCAGCUUUUAACCACCCAUUAUUGAAAGACCACAAAAUUCAGAUGGAACCAAGCUCCUUUCCGAAUGGACUAAAUAUCACAUCUCCGUUCCUACAUGAUGUAUUUGAAGCACAUCCGCCUAUCGUUGAAUGCCCAAGAGGAACAGUUCCAAUACUACGUAACAGUAGAAUGGAGCAUAUAGCAGGACAACUCUAUAUUAAUGGAGUGAUUAGCAAGGAUAAUCAACAAGAGGUGGCAGGAAUCAAAUAUUAUGGUGAUGUAUAUGGGGCGAGAGCUAUAAUAAAUGUUUAUGAGCCAAAGGUGAAGAAAUCUAGUAAAGAUCUCAGUGCAACAAGUAUUCAAAUUGAUAACUUCGGACCAAAUGGCCUUGAUAGUAUAGUUGUUGGAUAUUCGGUAGCUCCAAACUUGGCUGGUGAUAGCUCGGCAAGGUUUCAUGUUUCUUGGGGUGAAGAAGGCGGACAAAGCAAGUCAUGCUAUGAUCACACAUGCCCUGGUUUUGUGCAAGUAAACCACAACUUUGUUCUUGGAGGAAGAUUACAACCUGUUUCAGUCUAUAAUGGAAAACAAUAUGUGAUUACGGUCCUUAUUUACAAGGACUUAAUGACAAAGAACUGGUGGGUAACAUAUGGUGAAGACAAUACACCCAUUGGAUAA